AUGGGUUUUGAACUAUAUCCGAUCGUUGAAAAUGCUGAGAAAUUGGAGAGGGGGAAGAGCGUUCUCCGCUUUCGCAGCGUCUGUAAGUUAUGGCGUUCCUCUAUCCCCUCUUUUCAGCGAACCAUUCUUCCUCCUCUGCCCCACAUGUAUUCUUCCUGUUCCUCUUCAAGCGCCAGGGCUGCCGGAACUGAAAUCCAAGCCGUGCUCUACCCAAUCACAGUCUACCGCAUGGAGUCACUCGUCGACGGAGAACCCAAUUCGUCAAAACCAUGGCUGGUCAAGUUCGAAGAGUCCCCUUCUGGAAAGCUGCGUUUGCGUCAUCCAAUCACAAAUUCGCCUCUUAGGAACUCUCCUGACGGUUCUUCAAAACAAUUCAACUUAUUGGACUUUGGGAUUGUGGAGUUGAGCAAGUCUUAUGCCCUUAAGUAUCGGAUUAACGAUUUCACUGUUGAUUGUAUGAACAAAGUUGUAGUCUUGAAUUCAACCCAUUUGGAUAAUUUUACUGUGAUGAUGAUGCACGGUGAAGGCCAAUUGUACUUUGCCAGAUUUGGAGAUGAGAAAUGGACCCUUUUGAAACAAAAAGACUCUUGGUUUGACGAUAUUAUGGGUCACUGCUAUGUUGUUGAUAGAGAGGGAAUAGUUUCAUGCAUGAAUUCAGAGUUCAAGGCGAUUCAAUUUUCGCCUCCCUUGGAUAGUUUGGGUGAGCAGAAGCAUUUGGUUGAGUCUUGUGGUGAUCUUUAUGUGGUUGAUCGGUUCACUGAGAGGCAGAGGCCCAAGAUGGGCAAGAUGUUAGAGCACCGGGACCUUAUUUUUGGGGAUCUCACUGCCCCUUAUCCUGAGACAGUUAGUUUUAAAGUUUAUAAGCUGGAACAAGAAUGGGGUAGGUGGGUUGAGGUGAAUAGCUUGGGAGAUCAAGUGUUUGUUUUGAGCCAUGACGACUCUUUCUCUGUCUCCACCAGAGGCGUUUCUAGAGUGAAAGGGAAUUGCAUUUUGUUCACCGACCAAAAGCGUACUUAUGAGCCAGAAUUUGGAGGGCCAAGAACACUUACUCGGCAGUGUUCUGUGUUCAAUUUGGAAAAUGGCAGCAUUACGAACCUAGCAGCUUCACCUGGCUAUUCUCCGAUGCUCCAGCCACCCUCAGCCUGGCUCUCCCCCGACUGAUGUCUGUCUGCAUGCUGAUUGGUGAAUGUAAGUAUGAAAUUUUUUUUUUUUUGUCGAAAGUAUGAAAUAUUUGUUCUUACUUCUCAAGAUAUAGAAUAGAAUGUUUACUGGUUACAUGCUUAUAAUUUUCCUUCUAAGUUUCAUCUUCACAGUGUAAAACUAAUAAGCUAUUGGAAGGUUGGGGUCUUGAGUGUGUAGUUGAUGUUGGAUCAUGCUUAAUUCAUCAACAAGCUUGGCUCUUUUGAGUAGAUUGUAUUGUUUUAAACUUAAAAUUGGGGUAUGUGCAUCCAUGUUUUGGUAUCAUAACAUGGUUAGUGCAUGGCAACCUCUCUCUCUUUCUCUCUCAAGUUUAUACAUAAUGUCUAGCAAGUUGA